AUGACCGACUCGAUCCGAUACUUGAAUUUUUACGAACUCGCGCUUCUUUCCCAGUCUGUUGGAACCGAAAGGGCCAGCAAAAUGGUCAUGAGCCGGAGCCGAGGGCCAGUGGAAAUGAAGAUCGACCAAGAAACCGCGGAAAAAAUGAAGAUACUCCCUCGAGAUGAAUGGGUUACCGUCCCCCUUCCUUCCUCGAAAUCGCCUUUCCAGGAAGAAAAUAAGAAACAGCGGAAGCAGAAGACCGUCAAGAAGGGAUCCCUCAAGCCGACCAAGCCACUGUCUGACGAGCAGAAGGAAAAGCUCUUUGGAAAAGAGAACGCUCGGAAGAGCGCCAGCCCAGAAAAGAUCAAGAACGACGAAGCACCAAAGAAGAACAAGUCAAAAGCGAAGAAACCAAACAAGGGAAAAGCUCCAAAUGCCAUCCGAAAAACGAAGAAACCUUCUCGCCUCUAA